UCAUCUCGUGAGUUCAUUGAUCUUGGUGAUCGAGGCAAAAAGAAAGCAUGUUUUAGAGGAUAUGGGCGAACAGACAUUUCCCGAGUUUUAUCAGACGAGUAAAGGCAAGGAUGUAAUUCAGCAAAUCUAUAAUUAUAUGGGAGGAAACGAGCUUAGAUAUGGCAUUCUCACCACCUAUGAUAAUCACUGGUUCCUACGACGAGAGCAUGCAAAGCUUUGGAUCUCAAAAACCCUUCCACUAGAAUCCGAAUCUCCACCGGUACUCAAGGCAUAUGCUUAUCUAACUCGACAGGCGAAAGAGAAUCCUAAGUCUCCUAAACCUCAAGUAGUAGUACCGGUUCAAGGGGACAAUGAUUCACGUACUCUUCGGUCACACUCAAAGUCAUCGUCCAACUCCUCAUUAAAUCAACAACAAUCUUCCAGCACCUUUGCGAAUCAACAAUCAUCUUCUAACACUUCUGUUAAGCAGAACAAUUAUAGCUUCUCAGACUUCAAGUUCAAGAGCAUAUUAGGUGAAGGACGAAGUGGGAAAACCCUCCUAUGCGAAUUUCGUGGAGAUAUGAUUGCUCUGAAGAGUGCAGACUUAUCGAAGGCUCCAUCGUAUGUCCUGGAAGAAAUGCAAAAAGAAGUCGAGAUUUAUAAAGAUCUAGCUGAUAUUCAAGGCAAGUAUAUCCCAAAGCUGAUCUGUUAUGGAUAUUAUGGAGGAGGUAUGAGCUUCGUUAUCGGCUUGACCAUUGUCGGCACUAUGUUGAGCGACCAUAAAAUAACGAAACGGCAAAGGUCGAGGGCUAUUAAGGGAUUAGAAGCGAUUCACAAGCAUGGUAUCCUCCACAAUGACAUUCGGGAUCGGGAGGACACAAAAAAGAAGAGAAAGCUUUUCGAUGAGGAACAGCUCAAAUUAUCUCAAUUGCUAGAUAGAUAUAUUAUACAUCCCGUAAAGAACAUGGGACGAAUUUCCAAGUCGCGUAAAUGUCAGGUGGUUAGUUAGACUGUAGGGUUAUACAUUAGAUAUUUAGUAUAGAAGCGUCAUGUAUCACGGGCUACGUCCCGAAACUUUGUAUUUAUUUUUCGCAUGUAAUAAUAAA